AUGUCUGACUAUGAAAAACAACAAAUCGUUCCUAGUGUGAUCGAUCAACAAAUUAUCCAGUCUAAUCCUAUCGAUCAACAAACAGACAAAUCCGAUCUUACCGACCCAGAAACAGUCGAGGCGGAUCCAGCAGUUCAACAAAUAAUUCAGUCCGAUAUCAUUGAUAACAAUUCCAGCAACGAUUCCGACAAUUCGGGAAGCGAAUCCCCGCCACUACAACCCCAAGAACAAUAUGGACCUAUAAUACAGGACGUAGGCUCUGAGGAUGAGGCUCACGAAGAGCAAGGUUCAGGACAGGAAUAUCAAGUACAAGAGCCUGGCAACGGACCUGGAUUUGUUCCCCAACCGUCCCACAAUCUCCAACCUCAGGUAGUCAGACAAGAAGGUAGAACUGGCAAUAUAGUUAUACAUAACAUUUACUAUCAACGAACUCUGCAAGUAAGGACUAGGAACGAAGUGAAUAAUGCGAAUAUUGGUGCAAUUGGAGGAGAAAUCGCACAGUCCCAAGUUACAGGUGGUCUGGGAGAACAAGCAGCUUUAGCCUGGCUUGACGAAGGAGCAUCGGCACGGCGUCAAGUAUCUGCAUUAGGCGGUCCAGAACAACGACCUGCUUUACAUUGGCACGACGAAGGAGGUUCUAACCGAGGGAACCAAAAUCCAGAGCUUGUUCAAACUCCAAGUCAAAGAGCCGAAAGAAAUUUCGUGGACGAAGGAACAUUGAAUCCUAACGUAACAACACCAAAAAUUGUUGCAAGUACAGCUGCAACAAAUCCAGAUAUACAGGGAACAUUCCGGAGAAUUCCACCUGAACCUUCAAAUACAAACGCACGAUCUGUAGCAAGACCCAAAUCAACAGAUGCCAGAUAUUUAUCACUAUUGGAUGAAACAAGUGAAUAUGAAUACAGCGCCGAGUCUUUCAGUUUCUUCGAAUCGAAUAAAAAUGGAAGAUAUUUAUCGCAAUUGGAUGAAACGAGUGAAAAUGAAUUCAGCGCGGAAUCUUUUAAUUUCUCUGAAUCGAGCGAAGAAAGUACAUCUGCAACAAUUCCAAAAAUACAAGAAGCAUUCCCGAGAAUUCUACAUCCACCUUUAAAUAGACGAGAUACAGACGCAAUCUGGAAAAAUACAACGAUUGAUUCCAAGUCUCAAACCAGUCUCGUUCAGUUCUCGUUUCAUACAAAAGACAAAGAAUUAGAAAAAUCUGCGCUAAAAAUGAUAGAUAUUUACGACAAAGAAGAAUCAUCCUUGCACACGUGGUGGUGGUUAUGGCGGACAAAAUCUCUUUCACCACUUAUCGCACAUGUUUGGGGAUUGAUACGCUACAAUAUCCUUAUUAGAGAUUGUGAACAGAACAGGAUGGCGGAAUUUUCCAAGUCAAAAUUGGUUCAGGGAAUUUUCAAAGCCGACAACCAUAACAAACAAAUGAAAUCUUUUAUUUCAAAAGCUAAAGAUGUCAUUAAACUCGGGAAAGAAUUUAUUUCUAAAGAAAAAUAUAUUCACGCUAUAGUUGCAUUCUAUGCAGUCUUUAAGCUUCAUCAACAAAAUGAUGGAAAAGACGAAUCGGUGGAAGGUAUAUGGACAUGCUUUAGAGAAGCUAGCAUCGUUACAUUACAAUUGUUAGUUAAUGGUGAAACUAAAGAUAUUGGCCAAAAUCACGUUAUCCCACUUAUUCAAGAUAUAAACAAUUUUCUGAGAAACAUCCAUGGUCCAAGUCAAUUAGCAGAACAAAUGGAAACUAAAUCAAAAAAUUUAUCACAGAGAAAAAAUUUAUUCCAGCUAUGGUCACAUUAA